AUGAUCUGCCGAGCGUGUCUCCGACAAGCCGGGUUGCCCAGCACCCGGCAAUUAACAGCCCAGCCGCUUGCGCGGACACCAGCAGCGGCCGCGCGGUACCUCAACACAACCAUUACGGCGCGCCAUGCAGCCCCAUCACCAGCCGCCGCGGCGCCCGCAACAGCCUCGGCCUCCUCCGCCUCGGACCAGUCGACAACACCCGAUCUCACACCGCUCACCCCUCUCCAAGCCGACGCGAAAGCCGCUCCUCUGUCUUCCUGCCCCGCGGGCACGGUGCUGAACGGCCUGAAUUACUUCAAGGGCAAGACGGACCCUGUCGCUCUCCCAGACGAGGCCUACCCGUCCUGGCUGUGGAAGUGCCUGGAGGUGCAAAAGAAGGCUGACGCGGCGGACGACGCUGAUGCGGGGGAUGAAUUCUCCAAAUCCAAGAAGCAGCGCCGGCUCGCCCUCAAGCGGCAGCGGCAGCAAGAGGCCAAGAUCCUGGCGUCGGGCGACCUGGCGGCGCUGGUGCCCAAGAUCCCGCUGCAGAAGCAGACGGUCAACCUGCCGGGAGCCGAGCCGGGCAAUCUGGAGCAGGCGAUCGAGGCCGUCGACAAGCGGGAGGAGCUCCGCAAAGCGAUGCGCAAGGAGCGGCGGGCAAAGAUCAAGGAGGCGAAUUACCUCAAGGCUAUGUAA